GGUUUGUGGGGUAAAGUUGUUGGUUGUUUUGCAGUGACCUCUUGUUUCACCAUGUCUGUCAGUGGAGAUGAAAUACAGGCUGGUGGCCCUGCAGCCCAGGAAGAAGAGCAACAGGUCCCUGCAGAGGCCAAAUACCUUGUGACAACAGUGGUAGGGGCAAAGGAUGCGGUCUGUAGCACAGUUGCUGGAGCCAAGGCUGCUGUGUCCAGUGUAGUAGAUGUGGCCAAAGGGGCUGUCCAGGAGGGUGUGGAGAAGACCAGAUCGGCAGUGACCAGCAGCAUGGAUGCUAUGAUGGGUUCGUCUCUGGGCCAGAAGGUUGCGAGUGGCCUGGACAUAGUGCUGGAGAAAUCAGAGCAGUGGGUGGACCACUACCUCCCCAUGACAGAUGAGGAACUCACUGCAGUUGCCACCCCUGUGGAGGGGACAGAAGCUGCUCUGGUGGAGAAGCAGAAGCAGCAGCAGAGCUACUAUGUGCGCUUGGGCUCCCUCUCCACAAGCCUGCAGCAGCGAGCCUACCAGCACUCCCUGGGCAAGAUGAGGUGUGCCAGGCAGAGCACCCUGGAGGCCCUGGCCCAGCUGCAGCAAGCUGUAGACCUGAUCAACUAUGCCAAGCAGAUUGUAGAUGAGAAGCUUCAAAAUGGCCAGGACAAGCUGUACCAGAUGUGGCUGGCAUGUACCAAGGAGCAGUCUAAAGGGCAAGAGGACACUGACUCGGCAGAGAUUGAAGUUCAGGCACUUGCCAUGUCUGACCAUCUUCUACAGCAACUGAAAUCGAACUGCUCCACAGUCCUGGGCAGCAUCAAGGGGCUCCCAAGUUCUCUCCAGAACAAGGCCCAGCAGAUCUACAGCAGUAUGGAAGAGCUUCAGGCUUGCUUCUCCCCUGCCAAGCACUUCAAGGAUCUAUCCAGCAGUGCCAUUGUCCACCUCCGGGAGAAGAUGACCAAGAUGCAGGAGUUCCUGGAUGAGCUGCUGGAGUACUUGAUGCAGAAUAUCCCCCUGGACUGGAUUGUUGGCCCCUUUGCUUCCUCUGGAGCCUCGCUGAAAAGUCCUGAUGAACCAUCGCAGGAAGAAUAGGUAGUGGAGGCCCAGCUCCUUCCAACUCCUGCCCUUACCCCCUAACUUCUAGAAAUGAAACGGUCUGUAACUGGCCUCUUGCCUGUGGUGCACUGUUGGCUGAAGAAUAACCACUUGCCUACAGAUCGUCUGAUGCCUGGUGGCCAACCUCCAUAGAGUGGGUGGGAAUCCCUGCCAAUGCUCCUAGUGGAGGCAAAAGGUUGGUAAACCCUCCUAGCUCUCACUGCUUUACUUCAUUAAGAGCUAUGCAGCAUGGGGUUUUAACAUCUAGGGUGUAGCUGUUCACUACCUAGAACAUGCAUCUUCUUUCCCUGUAGCCCUGGAAUGCUGAUGACCUCUAUUCUUAGGAAUCUCUUUUGUAUCGUACAAAACCCAUGUUUUUGUUUCAAAAUAAACCUGAAUUGCAU